AACCAGAGUCAAGUCAGCGAGUCACCAAGCUGACCAGAAUUUACUCACGACUCUCUAGUGCUGAGUUAAGCCGCGCGAUUCCUAAUCUACUACACUCUCAGUAAACAACCACCGGGAUUCUCCAAAAGAUGGCAUCACCGUCAGAUCAUAAAGCUAAAAUAAUUGACGGCAAGGCCAUCGCCCAAACCAUCCGAUCUGAAAUCGCCGAUGAAGUCCGUCAACUCUCCGAGAAAUACGGCAAGGUUCCAGGAUUAGCGGUUGUGAUUGUAGGGAACAGAAAGGAUUCUCAAAGCUACGUGAGCAUGAAAAGAAAAGCUUGUGCUGAAGUUGGGAUCAAGUCUUUUGAUAUAAACUUACCUGAACAAAUUUCUGAAGCUGAAGUGAUCGCCAAAGUCGACGAGUUAAAUGAUAAUCCUGAUGUGCAUGGAAUUUUGGUUCAGCUUCCACUGCCCAAGCAUAUAAAUGAAGAGAAAGUGUUGACUGAAAUCAGUAUCGAAAAGGAUGUGGAUGGUUUUCAUCCUUUGAACAUCGGCAAGCUUGCUAUGAAAGGCAGAGAACCUCUUUUCCUUCCAUGUACCCCUAAGGGUUGUUUGGAACUUCUAUCACGCAGUGGCAUCAGUGUAAAAGGGAAAAAGGCAGUUGUUGUGGGUCGUAGUAACAUAGUUGGGUUGCCCGUGUCACUGCUGCUUCUGAAAGCAGAUGCCACUGUCACUGUUGUACAUUCUCGCACUGAAGAUCCAGAAACGAUCAUUCGUGAAGCUGAUAUCAUAAUUGCAGCAGCAGGGCAAGCAAUGAUGAUCAAGGGUAGUUGGAUUAAACCUGGUGCUGCUGUUCUUGAUGUUGGGACGAAUGCUAUUGAUGACCCCAGUAAAAAGUCGGGUUACAGGCUAGUGGGAGAUGUAGAUUACGAGGAAGCAUGUAAAGUAGCUGGAUGGGUAACUCCGGUUCCAGGUGGUGUAGGUCCCAUGACCGUUGCUAUGCUGCUUAAGAACACCUUGGAUGGUGCAAAGCGCGUGUUCAUGCAGUAAUACUCCUUACUUUUUAUUUUUAAUGAUAUUACUGUUAUUCGACAUAAAGAAUCCAUGUGUUUUAUUGUCACCUCUUAAUCGGCUUUGAAUAGUCUGACCCUUGGUGUUUUGCAUAAACAAGCUUUGUUCUCUCUACAGCUUCAUUCUGUUUAGAUAAAUUGUGAAUCCAAUCAUUCCGAAAACUUUGUAACUGAAUUUCGAAUAUGCAUAGGGAGUUUGAUGUGAUAAGUA